AUGGUUGCGCCGCCGAUGCCCCAACUCCUGUCCCAGACGGUGAUCCUGGCGCUAAUUUUCCUUCCGCAGGCGCAGCCGGCCGGCGUCUUCGAGCUGCAGAUCCUCUCUUUCCGGCCCGCGCCAGGCCCGGGUACCCCAAGGUCCCCCUGCAGCGCCCGCAGUCCCUGCCGCCUUUUCUUUAGGGUCUGCCUGAAGCCCGGGGUCUCCGAAGAGGCCGCCGAGUCUCCGUGCGCCCUGGGCGCGGCGCUUAGCGCGCCCGGACCGGUCUACACGGAGUUGCCCAGGGGCCCCGCGCCUGGCCUGCCGCUGCCCGACGGGCUCGUGCGCGUUCCCUUCCGGGACGCCUGGCCGGCCACCUUCUCGCUCAUCCUGGAAACCUGGAGAGAGGAGUUAGCAGAAGAGAACAGGGGGCCCGCCUGGAGCCUGCUGGCGCGCGUGGCCGGACGGCGCCGCCUGGCGGCCGGGGGCCCCUGGGCCCGGGACGUGCAGCGCGCAGGCGCCUGGGAGCUGCGCUUCUCCUACCGCGCGCGCUGCGAGCCGCCCGCCGUCGGGGCCGCGUGUGCGCGCCUGUGCCGCUCGCGCGGCGGCCCCUCGGGGUGCGUCCCGGGGCGGCGUCCCUGCGCCCCGGUGGAAGACGACUGCGAGGCGCCUCCGGCGUGCCGAGCCGGCUGCAGCCCAGAGCAUGGCUUCUGUGAGCAGCCCGAUGAGUGUCAAUGUCUGCUCGGCUGGACCGGGCCCCUCUGCACCGUCCCUGUGUCCACCAGCAGCUGCCUCAGCCCCCAGGGCCCAUCCUCGGCCAACACCGGAUGCCUCGUACCCGGGCCUGGGCCCUGUGACGGGAACCCCUGCGCCAACGGGGGCAGCUGCAGUGAGACCCCUGGGUCCUUCGAGUGCGCCUGUCCCCGGGGGUUCUAUGGGUUACGAUGCGAGGUGAGCGGGGUGACGUGUGCGGAUGGACCUUGCUUCAAUGGCGGCUUGUGCGUGGGAGGUGCGGACCCCGACUCUGCCUACAUCUGCCACUGCCCGCCUGGCUUCCAAGGCUCCAACUGUGAGAAGAGGGUGGACCGGUGCAGCCUGCGGCCAUGCCAGAACGGCGGGCUGUGCCUGGACUUGGGCCACGCCCUGCGGUGCCGCUGCCGCGCGGGCUUCGCGGGUCCGCGCUGCGAGCACGACCUGGACGACUGCGCCGGCCGCGCCUGCGCCAACGGGGGCACGUGCCUGGAGGGCGGGGGCGCGCGCCGCUGCUCCUGCGCGCUGGGCUUCGGCGGCCGCGACUGCCGGGAGCGCGCAGACCCGUGCGCCGCGCGCCCCUGCGCCCACGGCGGCCGCUGCUACGCGCACUUCUCCGGCCUCGUGUGCGCCUGCGCGCCGGGCUACAUGGGCGCGCGCUGCGAGUUCCCGGUGCGCCCGGGCGCCGGCGCCGGCGCGUUGCCGGAAGCGCCGCGGCGCCCGCGGCCCGGGGACCCUCGGCGCUGGCUGGUGCCGCCGGCGCUGGGGCUGCUGGUGGCCGCGGGCUUGGCCGGCGCCGCGCUCCUGCUGGUCCACGCGCGACGCCGCGGCCCCGGCCGGGAUGCCGGGCCUCGCUUGCUGGCGGAGACCCCGGAGCCGUCGGUCCACGCCCCCCCGGAUGCGCUCAACAACCUGCGGACGCCGGAGCGACCCGGGGACGGCCCCAGCGCGGUGGCCGACUGGAACCCCCCCGAAGGCGGAGGCGCGCGCGCGCCCCUCGAGCUGUCAGCGCCGCCCGUCUGCGCUCGGGAGGCCUGACCCGCCCCGUCGGCAGAGCCUGGAGGUUU